GCACUCUCGGCUCCAGUGCAUUCUCUCGACUCUACUCUAUAUACCCCUCUCGUUCCUUCGUCUGUGCCCCGCCAUGGACAACCUUCGCGGUGAUUACUGCCCCAUUUGCGACCAAGACAUCCGUGGCCAAAAUUUGUGGAGUCUGGCGCAGCAUGUAUGGUCCAAGCACAACCAGAGCCAACUUGCGCAGGACCUCGACGCGCACUACAAUCGUGACCAUUCUCCAACUCCUCCGCGCCGUCAAUCCGCCCCGCGUACUGCCUUUUCUCAGUGUCCUGUCCGCCCUGCUCAUGCUCAUCGCCGCCGUCAUGCCGCUCCAAGUGCUUCCCGCGAGCGAUCGCCAACGCGUGCCUCGCCGCACCGUCGCCGUCGCCGCGAAGACAGCCGUUCUCCAAGCCGCAACCGCCAGGCAACUUUGCCACCACCACGCGUCUCCACACACGCGCACACACACAGACACAGACACACACCCAUGCCAGGACCGUGCUGCGCCACGCCGCCGCUCUCCAACACCUGAAGCUGGACGGCGUCCAGACAUCCCCUCAGAUCUCCGCCGUCGCAAACUCCAGGGAAACCUCCAUAAGCUCUUCAAGGUUUUGUCUGAUUUCCAUAAGCCGUGAAGCAAAAGUCUGCCGCUACAGCUCUUCCACUUGCCCAAAAAGUCGCGCC